AUGUUUCUAGUACGUUCAUGUUCACAGUUGCACGCAUCCUACCUCGGCGCUGACCAGCCUUCUGUCCCGCUGCAAACAACAGGUCAACCGACGUCAGUAGUUCUCGGCUUGACCCCCCCCACUCGACCGCCUCCCGGGCUGUGCCCAGCGUACCCGUCUCGUUCUGCACUAUGCACGCUCAUUCUCACACCACCCACACACAGUGCUGGGAACGAACAAGCCCAACGUCGGCGCAGAAGAGUUGACCGUGAUCGACCAAGGACGGCUUUAUCUCGUCCGACCCGACAGCCUCAAGGCCGGCAGGGAGUGCAUGUCAGUCCGCCGUCAACGCGCGUCAACGCCGCCACCCUCUUCGACGUGAAACCCCACUUAACACACUCGUUUGUAUCCCCGCAGCUUCAUCGACGCGUCCAUCUCGAUCCGAAGGACCACGUACGAGCAUACCUAUCAACUCGUCGUCACCAGGACCUUCCAAGAAGGCGAGGAGCAAUUGCUCGAAGAGGAUGCAGAGAGUCAGUUCUGCAUGUAUCAAUGAUCUUGUCGUCUUUUGCCCUCACACCCCCUUGUACCCGCCCACUUGCCCGCAGACUCGGACGAACGAGCGUUCCUGAUCGACGAGAACCUCUUCCUCUCCGUCGGACCGACCCUCGACCCUUCCGCCGCCUCACCACCCCCCUCAUCCAUCGCCUGGGCCGACCCCGAAGGCGACGGCCCCGAAGACGAGUUUGAAUUCGUGCUCGCUCCCGCACCCGACAUCACCGCUCAGGUCCACGAGUUUGAGAGGCUCGUUUGGAGAUGCCUCUGGGAGGACAAGACGAACAGAAGUUGGCCGACGGAUGCGAGGGAGGUCGCGAUGAUCGAGGAGAACGAGUUGCACCAGUUCAUGAUCGAGUACGUUCACGUUGGUGCGACCGCGUUUUCGGCCGAGUCGGCUGCCGUUGGCGACUCGGGCGGUGAAGUGCUAUGGAGGCGCGACGAGGGCAGAGGAGGUCAAUGCCGAAUUCAAUUUAAGCGUGGCUGACGUGUGAUCCUUCCUCCUCUGCUCCACCGUGCACGAUGCCUAGACGCACCGCACCUCAGGCAUUGUCAGCCUCAACCAAGCAACCCUUGUUCCGAGCAGCGACCCUCGAAUCCGACUCUGACGCCGAAGACUUUCGUCCUCCCCCACCUUCGGCACGCAAGCUGACCGCCGCCGACUUGGACGACUCGGACGACGAACGCAACCAGCUGGCCGCGACGCUGAUGAAGAAGGCGACCCUCACCCCUUCCUCGACCGCCAAGGGCAAAGCCAAGGCCACGUCUGCACCAGCCUCUGCCGCCCCCACGCCUUCGAGGACAAAGUCAAAGGCGAAGGAGCCGAUCGAAACCGUGACCGAACAACCGCCUAAACGAUCGACCCCGGGCGGCGUCGUCAAGCAGGCCUUGGUCAGCGUCGAAGGUGAUCUGUACCUCUACGAUCGAGCGACGGGGAUGUUCAUGAUGCAGGAACCUUUGGUCCAAGCGAGCAUCCAUCGUACGAUGGAGGCGUACUGGCUCAUCGUCGAGGGCAAGACGGGGCCGUGGGUCAGUCAGGGCAUCGAUUCCGAAACGACGUUCAGCGAGGUCAGUCCUUUUCCCAACUGGACUAGAAUCGUUUCCGCAGAAGUAAAUUGGGCUAACGUCGAACAUGGGGGGGGGAACGAACCGCAGGCGGAGAAAUCCAUGGUCUUCAACUAUCGUUCCGAACCCGAAGACGGGUUGGACGAGUCAUCCCAAGUCUACACUUGGCUCGUGAGGUUCCCUACGAGCAAGCCGUUCGAGAUCAUCCAACAGGCCGUGACGACCGCGUUGUUCGAGGACAAGUUUGGUAGCGGGACGUGGCAAAAGUUGAAGGAGGAUGAACAGGCUUAUCAACGACGGGCUUACAUCGACGAUGCGGAGAUGUUUGAUGCGGUGGAGGAAGAGGAAGAGGGUCAGGGUCAGAGUCAGGAGGAGGUCGAUGAGCUGGAUGAGGAAGAGGAGGAAGGGGAAGAAGGGGAGGAUGACGAUGAGCGACCCAAGUUUGGAGAGGGGACGCGGACGAAGAAUUCUCAGUUGGCCGUGGGUUACAAGGACUCGUUGUCGUUCGUGGUGCAGGGGGAUAUGAUUGGCGUGUUCAAGCAGCAACGCGAUGGGGGCAAGAAGGUAAGCUGUGCUAAUUCCUAAACUUUCGAGGGCGUUCAGAGGUUUGAGAUCUGACACGAUCCGCGGUCGUGGGGGUAACAGCUCAAAUUCGUAACGAGCAUCGUCAACAUCUCGACACCCAAUGGCAAGAAGGCGUUCACACCGCAAAAGGUCAUGCUGCACAACCAAGGUGAGUGCCCAAAGUAUAUAGGGUCCUGUUGACUUGAGUGAAGCUGACCAGGUUGAAAUACAUUCCCUUUCGCCAGACACAUCGAUGAUCUUGCAAAACCCUCUUGCGCCUGGCUCGCUCUACCGCCUCGAUCUCACGACGGGCCAAGUCGUCGACGAGUACAACGUUUCGGAUGAGGUGCAGGUCAAGUCCUUCCUCCCCGACUCCAAGUUCGCCCAAACGACGCAACAACAGACCUUCAUCGGUCUCUCGCACAACGGCGUCUUCCGCAUCGACCCUCGUCUCUCGGGAAGCAAGCUCGUCAACGAAGAAUUCAAACAAUACGUGACCAAGAACGAUUUCUCGGUCGCAACGACGACUGAAUCGGGUCGGCUGGCCGUCGCUUCCAACAAGGGUGAUAUCCGCUUGUUCGACAAGCUCGGCAAGAACGCCAAGACGGCUCUACCUGCGUUGGGAGACCCGAUCCUCGGGAUCGACGUGACCGCCGACGGGCGAUGGGUUCUCGCGACAUGCAGGACGUAUCUCUUGUUGAUCGAUACGCAAAUCCCCGAAGGCGCAGGGCGCUACGGUGGUUCAUCGGGCUUCGAUCGUUCCUUCCCUGCAGGCCAGAAACCCAUGCCCAAGCGCCUGCAACUCAAACCAGAACAUGUCGCGUACAUGCAAGAACAAUCGAGGGAAGGGGUUUCCUUUACGCCCGCGAAAUUCAAUGCCGGUUUAGGAGCGGAUGAGAGGACGAUCGUCACUUCGACGGGGCCUUACAUCGUCGCCUGGAAUUUCAGACAGGUCAAGCAGGGGAACGUCGCGAAUUAUACGUUGAGGAGGUUCUCGGAUACUAUUGUGGCGGAUUCGUUCAAGUUCGGGGGGGAUCGAGAGAUUGUAAGCGGCUGAUUGCCCGUUUGAGGCGCUUUCGAAAUGUGAAGCUGACGGGGUUUUGCUUGUUUCAGAUCGCCAUGUUGCCGAACGAUGUCUUUGUCGAGGACAAAAAGAAGCUCAAAGGUCAGUCCAGGAGCUUGAUUUUUCAUGUGUUUCAUGACCACUGACGUCACUGUCCUUGCUGCCCACAGCUCCCAAUCGCGAUUCCAUCUCGAGCGUCGUCAAGAGCUACUACGAUUGA